AUGGCAACAAUGUUAAUGCUGUGGGUCUUCGAGCCUGUGCCGUACCAGAUCACUUCCUUUUUUCCACUCAUUGCGGGCCCCAUGCUCAACCUAACUGACACGAAGACACUCGCACGAUUCUAUUUUAAUGAGCCGAUCGCCAAUUGCAUCGCGGGUCUCACGGUCGCGCUGAUCGCCCAGAACUGUGGCCUGAACCGGCGCAUCUCGUACAACCUCAUCUUGUUCGUGGGACCCCGAGUCAAGUGGCUUAUGCUGUGGUUUAUGCUGAUCGUCUUCUUCUUGUCCAUGUUCAUCAGCAACGUCGCCGUCACCAGCAUCACGAUGACCAUUGUGGACACGCUCAUCUUCGAGAUUUCCCAGAGCAAGCUGACCAAGCGCGUCAACGAGAUGCUUCGCCGCAAAGGGAGUCAAAGCGACAAUAUCGACCUCGAGGAAGUGCUGCACACUGAAACAGUGAAAAGCAAGCAGCUCCGGAAGACCUUCCUGCUCAGCAUCGGUUACUCCGCAACGCUCGGGGGAAUGUCCUUUGUUACAGGACACCAGGCCAACAUCGAGGUGGUCGAAUACAUUAACCGGACGGCAACCGAGAAGUGGCUCACCACGCUCAGUUGGAUGCUCUACUGCUUACCCGUCGGUUUCCUCACGACACUCAUGGGCUGGAUGUUCCUAUUCACCGUCUACCUGAGGGAGUAUGAAAAUCAAUUAAGAGUGGACGUGAGAGAGGUGAAGGAAAAGGUAAAGACGAAGCUUGAAAAUAUGCCCCGAACGCAUGCCGAAGUCCUGUCCACGUUCCUUUUCGGCCUCUGUCUUCUACUGUGGGUGACCAGAAGGCCAGUCUUCAUACAUGGAUGGUCUGACCUCCUGAAUCUGAACGAGAACUACGUGACCGACUCAUCCGUGGGUUUCUUGAUCACCUUCAUCGCCUUCAUGAUGCCCGCGAAGGGAUACAACUUCUCGCUGGAGCACAGGCUCAUGGAGUGGAAGUUCAUACAUAAGAACAUGCCCUGGGCGAUCAUCUUCAUCGUCGGCGGAGGCUCCACACUCACCGAAAUCGUGAGGCUAAGCGGUUUUUUCUCGGAGGCCCUUGAUCUUGCGGGUUCCAUCAACUUGGGGUUAACAAGCAACAUGAUGGUUGCCGUGCUCCUCAGCUCACUCAUCACCGAGUUCACAAACGCCGAGAUGACUGUACAAGGCAUUCUCGCACUGGCGGAGAAAAAACAGCGGGAAAGUUUGACAAGCCCCCUGUAUUAUGCGUUACCAAUGGGACUGGCAAAUAAUUUCGCCUUUAUCUUGCCGUCAUCGGAGGCUUGGAAUGCUAUUGUGUUUGAAAUUGGAGGGCUCUCCGUCGUCGACAUGAUCGUGCCCGGAGUGUUCAUGAAGGCAAUGUCGCUCCUGCUCAGCAUGGUCGCGUUCUCGACCACUGGGACGCUCCUCUUUCAAAUCAGCACGGAGGUCACAAUGAACAGUACCGUAUAG